AUGGCCGCAGCUCCCGGGCAUGGACCGGUGAUUUCCAGUUCCCACGAGGCUUCAAGGUCUCGGUGGCCAGGACGUUUUCUCAUAUUAGUUACCGUGCUGGCUCUUUUGACCAACGCGACUGCUGUCUCAAUCAAUAACCCAGCCAUAGCGUCGGACAGCUUAUCAGAGGCCGCUGUAAACAUCGGCCCAUCAAAUAUUAAAGCCAGAUCGAACAGCCCGCGAGGCUCUGAAGUUCUAGGGACUCCCAGAAGAGCUCCUGCCGUCAGACCGAGGGGCACACCCGUCAUACAUAAACGUGCAACGGCCUCGAUCCCAUCGCCAACCGCACAGGUUACCUCAGGACCCAGCAGCUCGCCUAUCCACUGCCCAGCCGACAACCUCACUGUCUUCACCGAGCCUUCGGCAUCUAAGCGCUACGUCGUUCUAUGUGGUCGUGACUACCACUCGUCCCUCGGUGCUGUAGAUUUGUACAACGUAGCGGCAAAAUCACUCAACGACUGCAUCGAGGUGUGCGCAAGGGAUAACAGUGGGUGCUCGUCGGUGGGCUGGGGGUAUAUGGACGAUGAGUUGGGCUUCAGGUGCUUUCUGAAGAGCUCCAUCGGAGAGCCUCAUGACUCUGCGGGUUGGAUGUUUGCGGUGGAGGACGCCAGUCAGCCCGGAAGCCCCGCUCCGACCGCAAGCCCAGGAUUGAGUGCUGACGCAAAGGCUGGAAUUGGUGUCGGAGUCGCGGCCGCCGCAGUACUCACGGGUGUCGGUAUCCUCGCCGCUUGGUACUAUAGGCAGCGCAAAUCAAUUGCUGAAAAGAGCCUGGGACAAGCCAAGGCCCUGUCAGAAAGCUCUAGCAGCUUCAGUUACGGUUCGCACAGGACCCAUUCACCAGCACCGCCAUCAUUUCAGCGAUCCAUGCACCAACUACCAGCAGGCGAAUGUCUUGAGCUUCCGGGUAGUUCAGUCAAUGUCGGUCCGGCCCCCGUCAGUUCGACACGGGAAGAGAAUGCUCCAAGUCGUGGCGUCGCAACAUAUAUUUUGAGGCAGCAACAAAAGAUACUGGAUAGCUGUCGCCCAGAAAGACCCGGGGCCGACUCAAAAACGGGGUUGACAUGCAUUGAUACAAACAACUCGCAAUGGGGAGCAACGUAUGCCCGCAGCCCCGACGGAACCCUGGCCCCCAUGAGCGCAAUGACGGGUCUCGGAAGCUAUGCGGCAUCGCCAUGGAGCGCAACGCAGUCCAGUCCGGCCUCGGAGCUCCCCGUGGUUCGCGGGGGCCCGAAUGGCUAUGGACCAGAAUAUGAGAUGGCGUCGGACGUCACGGCGGGGACCGGGAGGCCGGAGCGAGCGACGGACAAAUUUUUGCUGUCAGACAUGAUUUUAUUCAAGAAGCAGCUGAUUUCGGAGAAGGCUGCAGAUGGAUAG